AUCAGCGUCAUCGGCAAUGUUGUGAAUAUUUCGGUUGUCGUUCUAAUCUAUCGCACGCCGUCGUUCCACAACGCCUUCGGCUUUAUCUGCGCCUCGCAUUUAAUUGCCGACAUUGGAGUACUCACGAUUUUCUCAGUUUGGGCCGCUCCGGCUGCGUUGUUGGGAUUUCAUGAUACCGUUGUUCAAUCCUUCUUUGGUGCAAGGAUGGGUCAACUUGCUAUUCUUUUAUGGUACGCAUCCACGUAUGGGCACAUACAAAUCGCUGUGAACCGGCUUCUUGCGAUCAAAUAUCCAAGCUUAUAU